GCUGACCACGGGUUUGGUCAUGUGACUUCUCGUUGCAGUUGAAAUUAUGCGGAGCCUUUACAGCUAGACACUUUAACGAUGGGUUCCUUCCGAGUAGACUUUACUUUGUGUUUCUUACUCAGCGUUGUGCUGUCUAAAGGGCUCCCCUCUGCUCUGCGGAGCAAAGAAGCCUGGAACUAUGUGGAGGUGAGAGACGGGGCCCACAUGUUUUGGUGGCUCUAUUAUGCUGACAGUGUACAAGCCCAGUACAAGGACCUGCCUCUGGUCAUGUGGCUGCAGGGUGGCCCAGGAGGAUCUGGAACUGGCUUUGGCAACUUUGAGGAAAUUGGACCCUUGAACAGAGAUCUAGAGCCCAGAAAAACAAGCUGGGUCCAGGCAGCCAAUUUGUUAUUUGUAGAUAACCCUGUGGGCACUGGCUUUAGCUACACAGACAGGCCAAAUGCCUAUGCUACCAAUGUGUCCACUGUAGCCUCAGACAUGCUGGUGCUGCUCAAACACUUCUUCUCAGAAAGGCCUGAGUUCCAGAGCAUCCCCUUCUACAUUUUCUCUGAGUCAUAUGGAGGGAAGAUGGCAGCUGCUAUCUCCUUAGAGCUCAGCAAGGCCAUAACCCAAGGGACAGUCAAAUGCAACUUUUCUGGUGUGGCACUUGGAGACUCAUGGAUUUCACCACUGGACUCUGUUAUGACAUGGGGACCAUAUCUCUACACCACUUCCCUCCUGGAUGAUUACGGCCUGGCAGAUGUCAGUAAGGCAGCAGAGGCAGUGAAGCAAGCCGUGGAGCAGGGCCAGUUUCUUAAAGCGACUGAGCUGUGGUCUAUGACGGAGUCUGCUGUAGAGCGGAAUACCAAUGGAGUCAACUUCUACAACAUCCUAACUCAGAGUUCAGAUGAGAAGCUCACCUCUUCUGCAGGGCUGGACUUUAUCAGUCUGCAGAAACAUCGUCACAUUCGCCCCCUCCACAGCCAGUCCCUGAGUCAGCUGAUGAAUGGACCAAUAAGGAAGAAGCUGGGUAUCAUUCCUGACAAUGUCACAUGGGGAGGUCAGGCUGAUGAGGUCUUCACUAACAUGGCAGGAGACUUUAUGAAGCCAGUGGUGGACAUAGUUGACCAGCUGCUGACUGCUGGAGUUAAAGUCACAGUCUACAAUGGACAGCUUGAUCUCAUCGUGGACACUAUGGGUCAGGAGCUGUGGGUGAAGCAGCUAAAGUGGGAGGGGAUUCGUAAUUUUAACGAGCUUAAGUGGACUCCCCUCGAUGAUCCUGCCACCCCGGGCGUUACUGGAGCUUUCUGCAAGACUUUUAAGAACUUUGCCUUUUAUUGGAUUCUCAAAGCUGGUCACAUGAUUCCUUCAGAUCAGGGACCUAUGGCCUUGCAGAUGCUGAAGAUGAUCACCCAGCAGGCCUGAACACCUUUCUCUGAUCCAAGCUGGAAGUGCACUGACAAUCAUAAUGAUCACAUUAUUUUUAAAAAAUAUAUAAAUUUCACUCCCUGCUAAACAAACUCCAAAGUGCAGUUGAUUACAAUACUGUGUAACAUUUUAACCCAAUAAAAAGCAAUAAAGACACAUUUGUUUCA